AUGGAACAUAAUAAGAGUACAAAGCGACCACCUAAAAUCGAAGAAAUGACCAAGGAACAAAUAAGAAAAGCUAUCAUCAAAAAACGCGAGUGUAACGCCAAAGCGCAAAACAUAGUUGAAAAAUUACUUGAAAAGUGUGUGAAUGAGGAUUAUUUUUUAAAAUGUUUAGUCGAUAUCAAUCAAAGUCAUUUCGAUGAUGUGAUUGAGGAGCGGUCUAUAUUACAACUAUGUGGUUAUCCAUUGUGUCAGAAACCAUUAUUAAAGAAGGAUAUUCCUAAACAAAAAUAUAGGAUAUCAUUAAAAACAAAUAAGGUUUACGAUAUAACAACAAGAAAAUGUUUCUGCAGUAACAUCUGUUAUAAAUCUGCAAUGCACAUUAAAAAACAAAUGUUGACCAGCCCUUUAUGGUUUAGGGAAUAUGAAGAAAUACCAACAAUUCAAUUGUUGCCGGUAGAUACUAUCGGUGUUUUGGGUCAAGAGGUAGACUUGGGUGGACCAACAAAAAUAGAAAUAAAUAAAGAUGAUUUUAUCACAACUUCACAGUUCACAAAAUCCAGCCUUCAGCAUGCAUCUAAUCUUGUAGAUUCAAAUAAGAUUGAAACUAAGCUAUUAAACAAUAGUACAGAUGUAAAAGGAAGCAAUGAAGUUAAUACUAAUGAUGAAAAUGUUACACCCAGUAAUAAUUUAGAAUCUUCUAAACCAUCAAAUAAACAGGAACCUGAAGUAAGAAAGAAACCUAUACAGAAAUCAUCAAACCCAUUAAAUAUUGUCGGUGAUAUAGUGGAGAGACCAGAAAAACAAAUUGACCCUAUACUCAUUAAUAAACCUUCAAGUAAAGAUAAAGAACCGGAGAAAACACCCACCAGCUUAACUAAAACUAUACAUCAGAAGAAACAGCCUUCAAUCACAGCUAUAACAAUAAAUGUAGAAAAAUGUUUAGCGGAAUGGUUUACUAUUGACACUUUGCUGUUCAUAUAUGGGGAAGAAAAAGUAAAGAUAAUGUUAUCUAACAAAGGACAAUGUAUAACCGACUACUUAAACAAUUACUCCAAAAGCAUAUUCUACACUUCAAACACAUAUGACCAGUACCAAGCAUUGUGCCGGAAACUUAACUUGUUAGAAUUAGAAUCCAGACGACAGGAUGCUCAGAUAUUAAAUAAAGAAACUAAACCAUUGCCAGAUUACUCAAUUCUGAAGGAAGAGAGUAAGAAAAUACAACUGAAAGUCAGAGCCUUCUUCGCCGGAGAAAUUGAAAUUCCCGAACCAGAAUCCACAGAGGUUGAUGCAUACAAUGAGAAUGAUAACUCAACCGUAUUACCACUAGUUGAUAAGAAUUCACAAAAUGCACUGAGAAGAAAAAUUGUUUGCCAGCAUUUAAACAAGGUAUUGCCAGAUUUAUUACGAUCACUUGGCUUAUUAACUCUUACAAUCAGUUCUGAUAUACGGCUGCUUGUAAAUACAUUCAAAUUGAAAGCAGACAAUAUUAUGUUCAAACCCAUACAGUGGACAUUGAUUGCUAUAGUGUUUAUAAAACUGUUAUCUAUAAGGGAUGAACAAUUGAAAGUUUUACUGGAACAUGAAACAGCAUUCAAACACAUGCAGCUUUUGUUACUCAGUUAUAAUCAAGAUGGAGGUUAUUUAGACAGACUUAUUUCAUGGUUGACCGAUAUAAAUAGGUUACUAGAUGUAAAUGAUAAUCAAAUGACUAUUGAAUAA